UGUAGAGGAUCUAUCCCUGCAAAUCCACUUUCCCCAACAUGGCCUCCAAAAAUCUCUUGGACUUCAUUUCUGAAUCUUAUCGCAUCAUCAAAGCACACCGUCGUCACUUCUACACCCUCUCCUCCAUCUUCCUCUUCCCCUUCUCCUUCUCCCUCAUCCUCUAUCCCACUCUCUCCAACCAUUUUCAACAACACCACACCUCACUCUUCUUCACUCUCCUCUAUUCCCUUUUCCUUUCGCUCUUUUCCUACUCUGGAGUCAUUAGCAUCACCUACAGCGUUUUCCACUUCUUCUACGACCAACCCGUCAACCUUCUUUCAGCUAUCAACUCCAUCUCCACCUCCUUCUUACCCCUCCUCGCCACCACCAUCGUUUCCCAGCUCAUUUUCUUUUUCAUCUCACUUUUCUAUGGCCUUCUCUUGCUUCUUCUCACUCACGGGGCUGCGUUUCUCCAUGUAACAAUUCCAUACUCUCUUCCCCUUUACUUAAUUGCGUUCUUUGUCGCACUUCCUUUGCUUCUUGUGAUGACUUAUUUGCAAGUUAAGUGGACCUUGGUACCUGUGAUUGUGGUCGUGGAAUCAUGUUGGGGUUUGGAGCCCCUAAGAAGAAGUACGAGGUUGAUCAAGGGAAUGAAAGGAGUGGCUCUAUCUUCCAUGAUCUUCUAUGGGUUCUUCACGUGGGCCAUGGUGUUCAUGUGCUUAUUUUAUGUGACCAAGGAUUCUGAUGGAGACAAUUGGUUUUCUGUGGUGUUUAAUUGGGUGUACGUUGUGUGUCAAUCUUGGGCCACUGCCUCGGUUAUUAUGCCCUCUAACCUUGCAGUGAACACGGUCUUGUACAUAUAUUGCAAGGCGAAUCACGGUGAGAUUGUUGAGGAGUUUGGGAAAGACUAUGUUAGUUUGCCCUUCCAUGAUGGAAAUGUCUCUCAUGCUGUUUAACUUAUAUAUCCUCGGUAAAUGUGCAAAUUUAAUGUUUAAGAUCCGUUUGUAAUGGAUGCUGAUGAGAAUGAAAGUUUGUUUUAAAUUC